AUGUUGGGGAGCACCGCACGUCGCGGUUCGCGUCCUCGCAAAUCGAGGGUGUCCAAGACCUCCACCAGCAAGCAUCCCAGACCUCGGCAGCGGCCUCGCGCUCCGGAAGAUGCUGACGAUGCACCGUCCUCGCUCAGAUCGGAGGUCGUUGAACCAUCAGCCCAGCCUGCUAGUACACCUCCACGCCGAAGUCAGCGCUUGCGAGCUCUCGACGGCACGGGCGUGGCGGGCGUGGCGCGCCCGCGCAAUGGCACACCUCGAACGCGGUCGCAGCGGAGUAAGACGGUUAGUCUGCAGGCGGCAGGCUCGACGAAACCUUAG